CAGCCGCCGCAGCCGAAUCGAGCCGCGUGCCCUCCACGCUCCAGCAGCUCCCAGCGCCGCCAUGGCCCCGGCCCUCUGGCCGCGCCUCGGCCGCAUCCUCUGGCUGGCCUGCCUCCUGCCCUUGGCCCCGGCUAGGGUGGCUGCAGGCGUGUAUGAACUUCACCUCACCCCCGAUGGCCCUGCCACCACGGGGGCAGAGGUGACCAUCACGGCCAGCCUGGUGGCCGAUGACAAUGGCAGCCUGGUCCUGCCCGCCAGCACCCGCCUUUACCGCUUCCGCUGGAUUCACACCCCAUUGCUGCUCACGGGGAAGACAGAUGAGGCUUUCAGCUCCACCAUCCGCGUCGUGGGGAACGUGCCCGGGGACUUCCCGGUCUCCGUCUGGGUCACCGCCGCUGACUGCGGGAUGUGCCAGCCUGUGGCCAGGAGCGUCCUUGUCCUCCCCAUUACAGAGUUCCUCGUGGGGAACCUCGUUGUCACCCAGAACACCUCCCUGCCCUGGCCCAGCUCCUACCUCACCAAGACAGUCCUUAAAGUUUCCUUCCUCCUCCACGACCCCAGCAACUUCUUCAAGACCGCCUCGUUUCUCUACAGCUGGGACUUCGGAGACGGCACCCAGAUGGUGACCAAAGACGCUACAGUCUAUUAUAACUAUUCCAUCGUUGGAUCCUUCACUGUGAAGGUCAAGGUUGUGGCGGAGUGGGAGCAGGUAACACCGGACGUCGGGAAGGGCGUUCUGCAGAAGACGGGCGACUUCUCCGCCUCGCUGAAGCUGCAGGAAACCCUUCGAGGCAUCCAGGUCUUGGGGCCUACCCUAAUUCAGACCUUCCAAAAGAUGAUAGUGACCUUGAACUUCCUGGGGAGCCCCCCUCUGAACGUGUGCUGGCGUCUUAAGCCCGAGUGCCUCCCGCUGGGGGAAGGGGAAUGCCACCCUGUGUCAGUGGGCAGCACGGCUUACAACCUGACCCACAUCUUCAGGGAUCCUGGGGACUACUGCUUCAGCAUCCAGGCCGAGAACGUUAUCAGCAAGACGCAUCAGUACCACAAGAUCCAGGUCUGGCCCUCCAGCAUCCAGCCUGCUGUCUUCGCUUUCCCGUGUGCCACGCUCAUCACCAUGAUGCUGGCCUUCAUCAUGUACAUGACCCUGCGGAACGCCGCUCAUCAGAAGGACAUGGUGGAGAACCCGGAGCCGCCCACUGGGGUCAGGUGCUGCUGCCAGAUGUGCUGUGGGCCCUUCCUGCUGGAGACGCCAUCCGAGUACCUGGAAGUUGUCCGCGAGAACCACGGGCUGCUGCCGCCCCUCUACAAGUCUGUCAAAACUUACACGGUGUGAGCGCCCCCCGCCCCCGACCCGGUUUCAGCGUUGACUGACUGCUGACUGGGAGUUUCGGGCAGGGCGGGGCAGGGUGGUGCACGCUGCCCAGCAGGAGGGGUUCAUGUGUGCAGGGCUGUCCACCCUGGACGGCCGUCCAUUUUUACAGUCCAGCUGCCUCCACAAGCCCCCCUCCAUCACACCCCCUAGCCAUCCAUCCAUCCAUCCACCUAUACAGUUGUAAGCCCCUCUCAGUCAGUCCCACUCCUUGGCUUUGAAGAGGCCUCAAGUGGGGCUGCAACACCAAACGUGGUCCUUGUUCUCUCCUAAGUGUGCCUGGCUACUCCUCGUCCAUUCCUCCCCUAUUGGCACAUUUGCUGUCUAUCUUGGGUUCACAGUUCCCUCCCCCAGGCAGCCCUGCCCAGGUCAGAGAGCUGGAAGGAAGGUCACAAAUGGAUAAUUUAAGGCUGCAUCACAAAAGGUCAUACAUACAGAGACAAGCGUGCACACGCCACAGACAUUUCAGAUGAUUUCCUCUGUAUCAGUUAGGUGGUUGCUGGGAUGUACCCUGAAUCAGCACUAAAAUGAAAUCUGACCUUUCCCACAUGGCCCUGACAGCUCCUGGGCCUGGCUCCUCCCUUUGUGUGCUGUCCCUGUGGCUACUGGGUCCCUCUCUAAGGACACCCUGUUCCCUCUCUGCUUGCUGGGGGUUGGGUGGGGGCAGGGCUAAUGCUUUGUGAGUGCAAAGUGCUUUAUAAAUAGCACCUUCUUUUAUUGAGUCCAUGUUAAACUUUCAUUGAGGAAAAGGCUUUGCAGCCAAAAAAGAGUCAAGCCACGGGGACUUGGGUACCUGGAGGGGGAGGGGAUAGUGUUCUUGCCCCCCCAGCUGCUCCCAGGGUGGCCUUGAGAAGGAAGAGGCAGGACUGGAUGGAACCCGGGGCGGGGGACCAGCCCACUCCUCUUUCUUUGUUGGCCCAGCAGCCUGGGGGAGGCAGAGGAUGUGCAGAGAGUGUGUUAUGGGUGCAGAGGGAGACCACGAUUAGGCCCCCAUCGAACUGUGCAGGAUUAGGGAGCAACCUGGGCCUGCCUGGGGAGGGGAGGCAGGGCCGUGGGGGCUGAGCUUUGUUGCUGUCAUCGUUUGCUCUCAGACUUUGUGCUGAAAACAGCGUUUCCCACUGUCGUGCAGCUCCUACUCAUGAAAUACUGCCAUUAUUGCCGAAUAAAGCUUGUGUGCUCUGAGUAUAGCCAA